AUGGAAACUCUGUAUCACUCCACAUCUUCAUACUCUGACACAGGAGUCUUUAAGGACUCCGUUCAAGGGAUGAGCAGCACCGAAACUUCCCUAGAGAGCUCUCCGCCGUCAUCGACGGAAGUUGAUGGUAAUUUUAUCCCUGUUGAACCCAUGAGGCGAAUCGAUAUGGAAUUGCAAGAGCUAUUCUCCGAGUUUGGCGCCGGCAAGAUCUGGAGAACAGCUGGUACAAAGGAAACAAUAGACCGCUUCCCAGAACAUGUUUUGUCUUCUGGGCCCACUGCCGGAAAGUACACUACUCGCGAAGCCAAAUUCUGGACAUGCGGGUUUUUCCCAGGUAGUCUAUACUGUCUUCUUGAGCGAAGCAGCCGAUUCCCCAAAUCGUUUCCUAUCAAAGACAGUUCCAUAGACCGACAGAAACUACACGAUCAGCUGCUGGCCCUGUGCCGUCGCUGGUCUGAGCCUCUACACGACAUGGCUUUUCGGACCAACACUCACGAUAUCGGGUUUAUUAUCAUGCCGGCACUGAGACAGGACUGGGAGUUGACUGGUAACAAGAGAAGUAUCCAGAGUAUCCUGACAGCGGCAGAGAGUCUUGCGUCGAGAUUCGAUGAGAGAGUAGGCGCAAUAAGAAGCUGGGAUCAGAGUUUUAGCAAACGAUACAGCAUUGUAGACAAGGAGGAGAACUUUUUGGUGAUUAUAGAUAGCAUGUGCAACUUGGAUCUCCUUUUUUAUGCUGGUCACCACAGUGGCAAUCAGCGAUACUUGGAUAUUGCGACUGCACAUGCACGAAAAGUCGCAAAAGCGAUCAUUCGAACGGAUAGUUCUAGCUUUCAUGUUUGUAACUUUCAUCCCAAAACGGGUGACAUCCAGAGGCAAUAUACACACCAGGGAUACCGUGAUAAUUCUACCUGGAGUCGGGGGCAAGCAUGGGGAAUUCUUGGCUUUGCACAAACAUAUCACUGGACGAAAGAUCCCUUUUUCCUCUCUGUCGCAACUUCUCUUGCUGACCACUUCCUUCAACGCCUCCACUCAGCACGGCACCAUCACCCCUACGUUCCUCUAUGGGACUUUGACGAUACCCAGAAACCGUAUUUACGAGACACUUCCGCUGGAAUGAUAGCCGCGAAUGGGAUGCUACUACUCCACCAGGCGCUGGUAGGCGGCUCAAGCAGCAGUAUCUAUCUUGACGGCGCAAUAAGUAUCUCCAAAGACACGGUUAAAUUAUCACUUGCGGAUGAUCAGACUCCAUUCCACCUAAACGAGAACGGCAUGGUUGAUGUUGUUGAGCCGGGCUUCGAGUCCAUUCUGAAGAAUGCGACGGCAAACAACAACGAACAUGCCAUCAUGAGAUACUCUGAUCAUGGUCUGGUGUAUGCGGAUUAUUAUUUCCUAGAGCUCGGAAAUAAGUUGUUGAGAAUGGGAUUGGUUUGA